AUGUGCCACACCAGCUGCUCCUCGGGCUGCCAGCCAGCCUGCUGCGUGCCCAGCCCCUGCCAGGCAGCCUGCUGCGUGCCUGUGACCACGAGCUGCAAGCCUGCUGUGUGUGUGCCCAUGAGAUGCCAGACCUCUGUGUGCAUUCCUGUGAGCUGCAGGCCUGUGGUGUGCACGGCCCCCUCCUGCCAGUCCUCUGUGUGUGUGCCCGCGAGCUGCCAGCCCUCUGUGAGCUGCAGGCCCGUCCUGUGCGUGGUCCCCUCCUGCCAGUCCUCUAGCUGCUGCCGGCCCUCCUGCCCCACCCUGGUCUGCAGACCCAUCUCCUGUGGCAGCCCCACCUGCUGCUGA